CCACCUCUGGUCACACCAGGUACCAUCACAAAAAAAGAAACAAAACAGCACUGUGUUUUCCUGCCAGUUCUAAGGUAAAAAAAAAGGAAAAUGGGCGAACGCUACAACAUCCACAGCCAGCUGGAGCAUCUGCAGAGCAAGUACAUCGGCACGGGACACGCGGAUACCACGAAGUUCGAGUGGCUGACCAACCAGCACCGCGACUCUUUGGCCAGCUACAUGGGACACUACGAUAUUCUCAACUACUUUGCCAUUGCCGAAAACGAAUCAAAGGCCCGCGUGCGCUUCAACCUGAUGGAAAGGAUGCUACAGCCUUGUGGACCGCCGCCAGAAAAGCAAGAGGAUUAAGGAAAUGCAAUUUAAAUACAUUAAACAAAUUUAUAAACAAGAAAA